UUUUUCCAGGAGGAAAAAUUCCGCAGGAUCGAACUAUAAUCAGAAGGGUUUUGAGGACAAUUUCGCUGCCACUGUUUGUCUGCAUGUGUAUCCUCUCCAGUGUUGGAAUCAUCGUAGCUACUUUAUUGGUAGCAUUCAAUAUAUGGAAUAAACACAGGCGGGUUAUUCAAUCAUCGCAUCCAGUGUGUAAUACAAUAAUGCUCUUUGGCAUCGUAGUAUGCUUGACUGCUGUAUUUUUACUUGGAUUGGAUGGUAGAUUCGUCACACCGGAUGUUUACCCAAUCAUUUGCCAGACGAGAGCAUGGUUCCUCACUCUUGGAUUCACUCUUUCUUUUGGCGCCAUGUUUAGUAAAGUGUGGAGAGUACAUAGACUUACAACCAAAGCAAAAAGUGAUCCAAAAGUAAGAAUGAAAAAAGUCCAGCCUUGGAAAUUAUACUCUAUGGUAUCGGGACUACUCUCGGUCGACUUCAUCAUUAUGUUGGCCUGGCAACUUCAGGAUCCUCUUCAGCGACGCAUUGAGAUAUUUCCGUUAGAAUCACCAGCCUCCUUGAUGGACGAUGUUAUGAUCAGGCCAGAACUGGAGCACUGCGAAAGCCAGCAUAAUAAUGUUUGGUUGUCUGUUAUCUACGCUUAUAAAGGAUUAGUUAUGAUAUUUGGUCUUUUCCUGGGUUACGAGACUCGAUCUCUCAAGGUGAAGCAGAUCAACGACUCGAGAUACGUCGGUAUGAGUAUCUACAAUGUUGUUAUCUUAUGCCUGAUAACGGCACCAGUCACCAUGGUGAUUGCCAGCCAACAGGAUGCCAGUUUUGCUUUUGUUUCUCUAGCUAUAGUCUUCUGCUGUUUUCUGAGCAUGGCUCUCAUUUUUGUGCCUAAGGUAAUUGAAGUGAUAAGGCACCCGAAAGAUAAGGCUGAAAGUAAAUACAAUCCUGAUGUUGGUAUAUCUAAGGAAGACGAAGAAAAGUAUCAAAAGUUGAUUCGAGAAAACGAAGAUUUGAUACUUCUUAUAGCACAGAAAGAAGACAAAAUAAAGCUGCUCAAAGAUCGACUUGCUGAAAAAGAAGCUGGCAAAUGCAAUACGUUAGCACCAUCUAGCAUUACACAAGAUACUAGAGACGAAAGAAUAUAGAGUUCCAGUACUUUCAACAGGUUGGUAAUGUAAAGGGUCAUCAGAUACAACAAGAAGUUCAU